UUGAUGUCAACAACACUGUGAAGAAUAAGAAGAAUUUGCUUCUCGCAAGCGGUUUGUGUUUUGAUAACAAAAUAACUUCUAUUUUCCUCGCAAAAGACUGUGUUUUCCGCUGUGUGGUGAAAGGAAAGAAGGAAAUCCAGCAAAUGGAAACCCUAAAACGUGCCAUGGGAUUGGAUUUCAAUGUGGUGGAGUACAUAAAGACAAUCCGGGCAAAUGAUCAGCCGCCCUACAAGUGUCCCGUAGAGAAGUGCGACAAAUCCUAUAAAUCUCACGUCGGGAUGCAGUAUCAUCUCCUGAAUUUCGAUCAUGAGACUGGCAUGAAUAUUGCUCCAGUGGCGACACCGUCGCGAAAGAAGGGACGCACCCGGGUGCCUGGAGCGACGCCCAAACAGGUGUCGAAUGAGCAGGUGCCACCAAAGGAGGCCGUGACGUACAAUGAGGCCCUUGGGAUUGUGCGUAUUGAGUGUGAGGGUCACACAUUGGAGUUGCGUGUCAAUGAGGAUCUCCCGGUGAUGGAUAUGGAGGAGUAUAGGCGACUGGUGGAGAAGGGAAAGUGUCCGGCACCGGUGGAGGUACCCCCAGAGCCGCAUAUUAAACUCCCGGAGGCAGCUGUGAAGGAGCUGAAGAACUACAACAUCUGUGAUGCUCCACCACGUCCAAAUGCCUACAUUCGCUUCAUUGAGAAGUCUGCCGAAGAGCUGGACGGGGAAGUUGAGUAUGAUGUGGAUGAGGAGGAUACAACGUGGUUGAGUAUCAUCAAUGAGAAGAGGGCAAGUCAGGGAUUAACUCCGGUAUCUGUUGAUUCACUUGAAUUGCUCAUGGAUCGUCUUGAGAAGGAAUCCUACUUCCAGGCAGCUGCCAAUGGGCAGAGUGGUGCUGUAGUUGAUGAUGAUGCUGUGUGCUCCAUCUGCCUCGAUGGUGAAUGCCAGAACACGAAUGUUAUCCUUUUUUGCGAUAUGUGCAACCUAGCUGUGCACCAGGAUUGCUAUGGCGUACCCUACAUCCCCGAAGGGCAGUGGUUGUGUCGACGAUGCCUCCAGUCUCCCAGUCGUCCUGUUGAUUGUGUGCUCUGCCCCAAUAAAGGUGGGGCCUUCAAGCAAACAGAUCACGGGCAAUGGGCGCACGUUGUGUGUGCCCUGUGGAUCCCGGAAGUACGUUUCGCCAAUACAGUCUUCCUUGAGCCCAUUGACUCCAUUGAGACAAUACCCGCAGCCCGAUGGCGUCUCUCGUGCUACAUUUGCAAACAAAAAUCCGUCGGGGCGUGCAUUCAGUGCCAUCGUACCAAUUGCUAUGCUGCCUUCCACGUGACAUGUGCCCAACAGGCGGGACUUCACAUGCGCAUGGAUACUGUCCGGGACAAGGUGACGGGGAAUGAGGCACAACCGAUAAUUGUACAGAAAACCGCCUACUGCGAUGCCCAUGCCCCAGCUGGUUCAGCGGAAACACCCGAAAUGGAGAUGUCCGACAAGGCGCGUGAGGAGUCACGAAAUAAGAUGAAGCAAGCCCGGAAGUUGCUUGCAAAGAAGCGCACCUCAGUGCCAGUCAUACUCAUUCCCACUAUUCCGCCUGAGAGAGUGCAGGAAAUUGCCCAAUUGGUGAAUAUUCAGAAGAAGAGUCCCUUCAUUCAGCGUCUCAUUGCCUACUGGACGCUUAAGAGGCAGUACCGGAAUGGCGUACCACUCCUGCGUCGUCUUCAGAGUCAAGGACAGAGUCACAGCACCUUUGGGGUGGUACGGAGUGGCAUUGAGGGGUCCCCAGAUACCUCGGAAUUGUAUCAACAGCUAAAGUAUUGGCAAUCAUUGCGGCAGGAUCUCGAGAGGGCACGAUUACUCUGUGAGCUCGUCCGGAAGCGCGAAAAGCUGAAGGUUGCCCUUAUAAAGGUGCAGGAACAAGCACUAAUGAUGCAGCUGAAUCCCGUGGAAGCAGCCAUGUACAAACUCCUCGAGGGAUUGGAGCAGAAGGACACAGCGGAGAUUUUCCGGGAACCCGUGGAUGUCAAUGAAGUUCCGGACUAUAUGGAUAUUGUGAAGCAUCCCAUGGAUCUCAGUACGAUGGCGAUGAAACUCAAAAGUGGCGCCUAUGAGAGUCUCGACGAUAUGGAAGCUGAUUUUGAUCUGAUGAUUCGCAAUUGUUUGGCGUACAAUAACAAGGAUACAAUAUUCUAUCGUGCUGGUACGCGGAUGCGUGAUCAAGGGGGGGCAUUGUUUAAAGGUGUCCGGAGGGAUUUGGAAAAGGAAGGGUUGAUUAGUGUGAAGAAAACUGAUGAAAUUGUCGGGCAGGAAAUUGAUGAGGAGCUCAAGGGGCUCCUACAGCUGGCACCGAGUGAGAAAACACUCACAAAGCUGCAAAUUCUUCUGGAACGUGCUGUAGCGCGGCAUGGGCUGACCAAAACAAAGCGUGUGCGUCAGCUAAAGAUGGAAAUUGCAAAAAUGAAGCGGGCCCUUGCAAAGAAGGAUGCCGCUGCUGAGCGUGAAGCAUCUCCUACGCCCCCGAAGGAGCCACAAACAGCCCAUUCUGGGCAGAAGCGCGAUGGGCAGGCAGCACAGACACCACCAUGUAGCCCACUCAAGGCACCCAAUAGUUCAGCAUCUCCAUCGGGAGUUAAUCGACGUACAGCUGUUCUUUUCACGCGAAAAGCCCAGGCGGCACUAAAGAAGCCCGAUUUGCCAACAAAAGAGGAUUCAUCGUGUGAUGUGCCCACCGUGGAGAAGCCCAAGACACCACGGAAGCCAGGCCGGAAGAAGGGAAAUUCCACGCGGAAGAGUGUGGAUGAGAAGGAGAAGAAGAGUGCCCCAAUGGCGAGUGGAAGUAACCCCAAAAAGGCAUCACCUGUCAAGGAAGCACCCUUUGAGAGUAUCCCAGACAGUUUCCGCGUGUACAGGGCUCAACCCAAGAAGGAUGUUCCGGAUUCCGAUGAGAGUGACAUGAGUUUCACUCACAGCACCUGCAGUAGUUGCAGUGGCUUCAUGGAUGAUGGAAGUGGAUCAGAUUUUGGCUCCAGCUUUGACGAUGACACCUCGUAUAGCGAAAGUGAUGGACAUUCCACGGACAAUGAGGAUGGGAAGGCACAGCGCGAAGAGAAACCCGCUACUUUGGAACCCCUUCAGCUUGUUUGGGCUAAGUGUACGGGCUACCCAUGGUAUCCAGCCCUCAUAAUUGAUCCACAAAUGCCAAAAGAUUUCAUCCACAAUGGUGUCCCACUUCCUGUCCCACCGCAAGAUGUUCUAGCGUUGCGAAAGAACAGCACUGAGCAUGUUUUUCUCGUUCUCUUCUUCGAUGCUAAGCGUACGUGGCAGUGGUUGCCGGCCAAUAAGCUGGAGCUCUUGGGAUUGGACAAGGAGGUGGAUCAGGCAAAGUUGAUGGAAUCGAGAAAGCCCAAAGAACGGAAAGCCGUCAAGAAGGCAUACCAAAAUGCUCUCUUCUACCAGAGUCAAGUCACCGAACAGGAUGCAGGACAACCCACAAAGGGACGUGCUUGACGAUUUGCAUUCUAAGCUUCACUUUAUUUUGUUUCAUUUUUUGUUUAUUUUCCAUUUCAUUUCAUUUUUUUCAAUAAAUCGUGACAUUUUUUUCAUUAAAAA